AUGACAAAAGUAGAUGAAGAUGAAGAUGAAGAAGAUGAAGAAGCUAAAAUGGCAAGAUUGAUGGGAUUUUCAUCUUUAUCAACUACCAAAGGUAAACAUGUGAAUGGUAACAGUGAAGCUGGUACUGUUGAUGUUGUCAAAGUGAGAACUUGGAGACAAUAUAUGAACAGACGAGGUGGAUUUAAUAGACCAUUAGAUAAAGUUUGA